UCACCGCAUCGAAUCCGUCAUUUUGUGACCGCCUUAUUAUGAAUUAAAAAAAAGGAUAUAAACCCAUAAAAAAAAAUAUUUUGUCUGUGGAUUAUAUUUGGCAAGCGAAAAUGGCAGACGCUGUUGUUGAUGCGGCGCCAGCCGAUGAAAAUGAUGAUAAUUGGUUGUACGGGGAGUCUAAUGCUGAUCAAAAGGAAAGCCAAGAAACAGAGACACAGGAAAAGCCAGCACAAGAGACUGAUACAGCGGACGGUGAGGAAAAGGAACCAGAAGAUAAUGAAGCUACAAAUGAUGACUCUCACUUCAAUGAUGAGCACUUUGCGGAGGUGGCGCGGGACGAGCAGGCUAAUGGAGACGCAGACAGUCAGGAUAACGGCGACUCCGACUCUGACGACAGUGAUGACGUGAAAGUUACCAUUGGCGAGAUCAAGUCGGGACCCCAGGCUUAUGGUAGUUUGAAUAUAAAGCGUGGUGUAGGUCUAGUCGCUGCCGGAGGAGCUGACAAGGCACGCUCGGGGCCCACAGCAGGGGGUAAAGUGACGUUAGAGGACCUGGAUGGACCUGGCAGUAUAAAUGGAGUGCCGGCACUGGAGUUCAAUAUUGAUACCAUUGAGGACAAGCCAUGGAACAAGCCUGGUGCUGACAUCUCUGAUUACUUCAACUACGGUUUCAACGAGGUGACAUGGAGUGCUUACUGUGAGCGUCAGCGGCGCAUGCGCGUCAACGAGGCGGGCGUGGGCCUACACUCUGGCCCGCCGCCGCGUGCGCCGCCGCCCGACAUGCGCCGCCAGCCGGGUCCUAUGAGACCAGAUGACAGCAUGCCUCCACCACAGUCAAACAACUACCAAGCGCGGGAAAACACCAUUCAGGUGAUGACGGCGGAGCGGCGCGAGUACGGGCGCGGCACGCACCCGCGCGACAUGGCCGCGCCGCCACAGGACUACUUCGGCGCGCCGCCGCCCGAACACUACUACCCGCCGCCACACGCGCCCUACGAGGAGCCUUGGGGUCACCCAGAACAGACGGGCUGGACGCCGUCGGAUAUAAAAGAACUGACGCCGGGCCCGGGCCCGAUGGGCCCGCCGGUGAUGGGCCCGCCGCUGGGCAUGGCGCCGGCGCUGGCGCCGCACCUGCCGCCGCACGCGCUGCCCGCGCCGCCCUACGCCGCGCCCUACCGCCCGCACCCGCACGCCCACGCCGCCCUGCACAUGCACGACCGAGACAGGGAGCGCGAGCGCGAGAGGGACCGAGAGAGAGACAGAGAUCGCAUGAGGGAAAGAGACGAACGCGAGAGGCGGGAACGCGAUAGACGGGAUGACGUAAGUCUCCUAUUUGAGGAAAGGGAGAGAGAACGCGAUCGCGAGCGAUCACGAUCUAUCAAACCGGAGAGAAUACGAGAAAAGUCGUACAGACGUGAGAGGUCACGCUCAAGGUCGCGGCGUCACAAGUCCCGGUCCCGCUCGCCGCGGCCGCGGGAACGCUCGCGCGACCGGGACCGUGAGCGCAGCGUCAAGCCCAAGAAAGACAAGGACAAGGAGGAAGACAAAUAAAUCUUAGAUCUCUAGUUAGGUGUACAUUGACCUCACUAUCCACGGCGUGGGGUACUUCCCAAUGGUGAAUGUAAAUAUGAUAUUUUCGCAUCUUUCGAUCGAAGUAAAUGGAUAGAUAUUACAUGCAUGCUUUUAAAACCUAUAAAAUCGUGCCUUCGUGCUAUUCGUAAAUUCAGAUAGGAUUUAAUUUCAUGUUUGAAAUGUUCAUUGGGUAACAAAAUUAGGUUAGCUACACUAGUUAUUUCGGUCUAAGUUUAAUUCCAGUGUUGUAUUAAUUGAGAAGGAAAUACAAUCUUAAAUAAUUAA